UACUUGACAACUGACAAGCCACACUGCCGACUGCCGAGGGUACUAUUUUUGUUGGGUAUUACUUAUAUACUAUAAUUAACAUCAUUCAAUACAAUCGAAUGUUCUGAAACGUAUCUAAUAUCAUGCCGGGAAAAAUGAGGAAAGUAUCACUAAAUAUUCCAUUCUCUACAAAUGCUCAUGCUCGCAUUGCAUAUAAUGUCAUUAAUGUUGACAAAGAAUUAAAAAGUGUAAGUAGAAGUUUAACUGUUGAAGAUAGUAACCUUAUUAUAAAUUUUGAAGGAGACGACUACAAAUUUUUAAGACUUUCAGUGAAUGGAUUGCUCCAAAAUUUAAGUUUAGUUACCAAAACCAUAAGUUUGUUUAGUUUGUAAAAAGUAAAAAAAACAUGCCAGAACAUUCUCCAGCUCCCAGUCCAGCGCGAUCAGUUUAUGGUUUUUCUAUGUAUUUAUUUAGUAAAACAUUGCUUGCAGUGUAUUUGAUUUGGGCCAUAGUUCCUAAUGAGUAUUUUCAUUACAUGUAUAUUUAUUAUAUACCACAAAAAUUUUGGUCAACAGCUGUACCCAUACAAUGUUUAGUUGCAUUGACAUUAUUUGCUUUUCUAAUCUAUCCCAGUUCUAAUCUUAUGUUAGCAUUUACAUGUGAUAGUAUAAACUCUAUUUGGGAUAAGUUUAGUUGUAAAAGUAAUAAAAUUAGCAAAUAUCAGACUUCUAUUCAGCCUGUUUGUAUUUGUAAGACAAAUGAAAAAUGUAAAAAAAAAUAUUUUUCUACAAUACCUAAAGAUUUUGAUGAAAAUACUGUACCACAACUGUAUGAUUUAGAUAUCCGUUAUGUUUGUAAGAAGUUGUAUUUGAAUAGAAAUAAAAAUAUUUAAAUGUUG